GUCAACGGUGAUAUAAUGGCUAUCAACCCUGGGGAGACUCGCAAACAACAAAUGUUUAUCUGGAAUAACAUGUUCUUUUCGUUGGGCUUCGAUGUAAAGGACCACUACAAAGAUCUGGGGGGCGAGGCUGCCGCAUACGUUGCCACCUCCAACGACCUGAAUGGCGUCCGUGCGUACUCCCUUCUUGACCAGCCAGGUCUGUGUACACUUGGAACAGCCAUUAUUGACUACCGUGGCUAUCGGGUCACUGCGCAAACUAUAAUUCCAGGAAUCCUCGAGAAGGAACAGGAACAACUUGUUGUCUACGGGUCCAUUGACUUUGGCAAAAGUGUGGUUGACGAUGCGCGUUACCAUGAUCUCUUGGGCAAAACGGCUAAGAACCUGCGAAUCCGACCACAUUAUGUUACUGACAAGUCUGGCAAGGAAAUCGAGCUGCUUUCGUCCGUAGAUUGCAAGGGCAUCAUCGGUAAUGACAACCGAGCCUACAUCCUCGACCUCCUCCACACCUUCCCUCCAGAUGUCAACUACCUGGGCAGUGCGCCCGCCAACAUUCGUCCUACCCUAAGCCCUGCCAUGACUGCACUGGGUUAUCCCUACACUCACAGGCACCUCUUGCCUAGCCUCCGCCAGGAACUUCUUGACGCUUUCUGCGAGUCACGGCAUGACGCGUUCCUUCGUACUGCCGCCCGCGAACUCCAGGCGUUGAGGACAUCCAAGGCUAACUCCGUAAAGAUUGAAGAAGUCUCCUCCAACGGCGACGAGGAAGCCAUCGUUGAUGGGAACGAGAUUCUGCAUCACGAACCGGACAACAUACUGCUUUUAAAUGGUGAUUCUGCGGUAAAUUCCGUCCCAAAGAUCAUGUUGACCGAAAAAAGGACUAACCGAAUACUCCCCUCUUCAAAUGUCGCCAAGAAUGGUACGAUUUCAGAGGUGAAGAAGGCCGUUGAGGACAUGCAAAACAUGGAAUCCGAAACGACCGAGGCCAUCCAGCGCUCUGCCAAGGCUCUGGGCUCUUUGUCAGACACGCAUUUUGAGAUCGCCUUCAAUCCGGACGUGUACCAGUCAUCCAUCACCUUCGCCAAGUCCGAGGAAGACGCCGUGAAGAAGGAUGAGAAAUUAAUCUGCGAAGUGUGCGAGUUCCUCGUCCUCACCCAAAUCCCGACCUUUAUUCAGGACUGUCUGGCCUUCACGGUUAUGCCACAGGACGGACGCGCUCUUGUUGAAACACUUCAUCAGAGGGGCAUCAACGUGCGCUACCUGAAUCGUGUAAUAGAAGCACUUGCAGAUAAGGAGAAUCUUGCCUACCUCCACAGACCUAUGCCUUCACCCACUGCCUCACCAGUCCUGCGUUCUAACAACCACAAACUUACCCUCUUUAUUUAA